AUGUUCAAGUCCCUACACACCUCCCCUACCACGCUCGACCUCCAGUCCUUCGCAACCUACAUCACCCUCACCAGCGCCUUUAACGAGACCCACAGUCCAUGCAGCACCACACCCACUGAGUACAUGCCCUUUGACACCCGACGUGCCAACCCAACCCGAUCCAAACGCCACACGCGCACAUACUGCCCAAGAAUCACUCACAGACGCCGCACCAUCUUCGACCAAGGCCACGACCCCCGAACAACUCACUUCACCGGUAGGCCUCUCACCGCGACCGAGAGACUACACGUAGCCCGCCAACGCCUCCGCAAGUUCGAGAAGACGCAAUCCCGCAAAGCACAGCGGAAGACCUGGCCUCUGGUGUACUUCAAGCCCCCGUCCAGGGACAAGGCCGAACACUUUCGAAUCACCGACCGAGAGCCACCAAUCCACUCGAACCACGCGAGAGGAGAAGGAUCAUCGAAGAGCGACGACUACGCAAACUCAGACGCCGGGAAGCCAGAGCAGAGAGAUCAGCGAAUCAUAGAGGAACUGCGAAAGAAGAAAGAGAAGCGCGCAGAGAAGAAGCAACAACGGAAGGAGGUUCGAGACGAGGCAAAGGCAGACACCAAGGCCAAGCUUCCGGACACGACUAGCAAGAAGGCUAAGCUGAGGCUGUACAUCACCUUGCUCAAACUCAGCACACCAGUUUUCGUAUCUGGCUAUUCCGGUAGCAAUCUCACCGCCAGGGAGAGAGCGAACCAGCUGGAAAGAAAGAGAAAGCGUGCGCUAAAGAGGCGACAGCGGAGGGCGGUUCGAGCCAAGGCCAAAGCAGACAUCGAGGCCAACGUCCCAGCCGCGGGUGACGGAGGAGACGGCGGCAGCUACUCAGGCGGAGAUUCAGGAACAGAUUACAUCCCACAAGGUGGUUCCUCCUCGUCCAGUCGACCAUUGACAGCCGAGGAGCAAGCGGCAGCGGACCGCAAACGCAAAGAACAAGAAGAACAGUGGGAGCGUGAGAGAGCGGAACGCAAAGAGAAGAAGCAACAACGAAGGGCAGUCCGAGCCGAAACCGCUGUUGCAGUCAAAGCGAAGCGCCACGAGGCGGCUAAGCUGAAGGAGAAGAUUCGUCUGACUGCCACGCUACUUACACUCAAGCUCCAUCUUUAA